AAAAUAAUGUUUUUAUACAGGUUGAACAUGCCGCAUGACGAUGAUGACAAGUGUAAGGAGUUUUCUCGAAAUAACGCAACCUAUGUGAUGUCUCGAACCCUAGACCAUAAUUCUAAUCCAUGGAGAUGGUCCGAGUGCAGCAGACAUUAUCUCACUGGAUUCUUAGAUAAAGGGUAUGGAUACUGCUUGAGGAACCGUCCUAACUGGAACUACCUGGAGAGUGAAGUGAAGAAGAUUUCCAGAUUUGCUGGGGAGUUCUUUGACGAGAACGCUCAAUGUGAACUUGUAUUCGGAAAGGGUUCUCAGAUCUGCUCAUAUAUGCCUCCAUGUGGUAGACUUUGGUGUUCAACACCACAAGGAGAGGACCUGGGGUGCAGAACCCAGCACAUGCCCUGGGCUGAUGGAACGGUGUGCGGCAAGGACAUGUGGUGUAUGCGCUCACAGUGCGUCUCUAUGGACAAUAUGAAGAAUAUUACUGUAGACGGAGGCUGGGGGCAAUGGAAAAGCUGGAGCAGUUGUUCUCGUACCUGCGGAGGAGGAGUUAGGAAAACUACUAGAGAAUGUGACAAUCCUGAACCUACCAAUGGAGGUCUGUACUGUGUAGGGGAGAGGGUUAGAUAUGAAGCUUGCAACAUUAAACCCUGCAACUCUUCGCAUACAUACAGACACGAACAAUGUCAAGCCUACAACGGAAACAACUUUAACAUCGAGGGACUUCCACCGGAUGUUAAAUGGGUGCCAAAAUAUACCGGAAUUAGUGAAGGUGACGCGUGCAAACUGUACUGUAGAGUUGAUUACUCCUCUAACUACUACCUGCUGGCAAGUACAGUAGUGGACGGUACACCGUGUACAGCUGACAGUUUUGAUAAGUGUGUAGCUGGUACAUGCGUAGCUGCUGGGUGUGAUCAUCAACUAGACUCGACUGUUAAACUAGAUAUAUGCGGAGUGUGUGGUGGAGAUAACUCAACAUGUGUUAGGUUCAAAACUUUAGAUCUUAUUCCUACUUUAGUUCCUACUAAUCCUAUCCUUUCUUUAUCAGCUAAACUCACGUACUUAACUUUUCAUUAUCCUUUGUUAAGUUCCAGUCAGUACAUACCUUAA